AUGAUCGGCCCUCCAAUCCAAAGGGCACGCACCCAUCAGCGUCGUAAAUAUCCCAUUAUAACGUGCACUAGUGAUGAUAAAUACUCAAUACAGCGCGAUUACAAUGAUGAAUUAUUGAAAGCAACGAUUGAUAAAUUACGACUAGAUGGUGAACGAGUGGUGGAUAUUAAAUCAUCGUGUCGUACUGGUGCGAAUGAGGUGGACCAGUGGAACGAGACUGGGGUGUAUCGGGGCAGUGGUGGGUGCUGCCAAAAAAAUAUACGACGUGACAGGAGAUCUGAGAGAUCGAGGAGUCACCUAUUUCUAUUGUUUGCAACCGCCGCUGUAUUUAUUGCACUUGCGUUCUCACCAGUGAUGGGAGCGACAAGUGACAGUAUAGACGAUGAAACGUCUAGCGCAACGUCGUUAACGACAGCAUCAACGACAUCCCUACCAGUGAUAACUGGUAAAACGAGAGUAUCCAGUGAUCUCGGGGGUAGCAUUGACCUCUUGGCUGCCCUACAACUGCACAAUACAACACGCCAGGGGGUUACGCAGGUACCAGGACUAGUUAGGCUCAAACCUGCGUAUUAUCUCCAGGGCGAGGAGAGGGAUCUUCAGUUAAGUCAGACGAGCUUUGAGCGAGCGGCAUCACUACUUCGGCGGGUUCCGGAGUUCACAGUUGCUGCAGCACUGCGCCAAGAGGAAGCUAAUUCCGGUACAAUCGUAGCCUUCUCCCAUGGUAAUAAUAGGUAUUUGGAGCUGCAGAGCAGCGGCCGAAAAGACGAGCUCCGUCUUCACUACGUAUCCCGACGUGACGGUGCAGUGCACGUCGAGUCAUUUCCAUUUCGUCUUGCGGACGGUGCGUGGCACAGGGUUGCCCUGAGUAUCAGUGGCUCGCAGGUCGAGCUACUCGUCGACUGUCAUCCCCUUUAUAGACGUCUACUCAGACCUGGUCCACCAGACACUAAUUUUACUCUGCCACAACUUCAACUCUGGGUCGGCCAGAGAAAUGCCAAGCACUUUCUAUUCAAGGGUGCUCUCCAAGACGUCAAGCUUAUUCCAGGCGCCCAUGGAUAUCUGUCGCAGUGCCCCCAGCUCGACACUUCCUGUCCCACCUGCGGACAGUUCUCGAUUCUUCAGAAUACUGUUGAACAACUUAUGCACAAUUUAAACGAAUUGACUCGUAGGCUAGCUGCUGCAGAGGGUAGAAUAAGCAAAGUGGAGGAAUGCGAGUGCCAAAAAUCAUGCAGGGAGAAUGGUACCGUGCAUGAUGAUGGGGCGACGUGGGAAAAAGGCUGUCAGUUGUGUUCUUGCGUUCACGGGGAGAUCGAGUGCAGGCCGAUACCCUGCGCUCCAGUCACAUGCAAAUAUCCUGUUAUACCUGAGGGACAGUGUUGUCCUAUCUGUCUGAAACAAUGUUACACUCACGGUGUGAUCUUCGAUCACGGUGAGAAGAUGUCACCGAGACAAUGCCUCGAAUGUGAGUGCAUCGAUGGAGUAUCCGAGUGCUCCAGAACGAAGACAAGGUGUCCACCAUUACCUUGUUCACCCAGUGAGCAGAUAACUGUGGCUGACGAGUGCUGCAAAUUCUGUCCAGGGGUGGACUAUUGCGCUAAGGGCCACAAAUGUCAUACAAAUGCCUCUUGCCUGAAUCUCCAGACGACCUACGCCUGCCACUGCAAUCUUGGCUUCCAAGGGGACGGCCAAAACUGUCACGAUGUUGAUGAAUGCAAACAGCAGGGAGGCUCCGAGGGCCACCACUGUAAUGCUAAUACCCGAUGUGUGAACGUGGUUGGCUCGUACACGUGUGAAUGUCUUCCUGGGUAUCACAGGGUGGACAAGUUCAACUGCGCUGAAUUGGAUGAAUGCGCGACUGGGCAACACUCGUGUUCGGAGCACGCUACUUGUGUUAAUACUGCUGGAAGUUACUACUGCGUUUGUAAGGAGGGAUACACGGGGGAUGGAUACACUUGCAAACCGGUGUGCAAUGAGACUUGUCAAAAUGGGGGUGAGUGCAUAGCGCCCGGCAGAUGCUCCUGUCGUCGUGGAUACAUUGGCAACAGCUGUGAGCUUGAUCUGGACGAAUGUGCGAGUGAUCUUCACAGAUGUCACCAUUCAUCGACGUGUUUCAAUAUGCCUGGAUGGUACUACUGUCGAUGCAAACCCGGUUACAGAAGUGCAUUGCACGACAGCAGCCAGGGCACCCAGUGUCUGGACAUUGACGAGUGUAAUGACCAAACUCUGGAGAGGAGACACACCUGUCAUCCGACUGCCAGGUGUAUCAAUACGGACGGGGGAUAUGAGUGCGCUUGUCCGAAUGUAGAUCCCAGUCAAGAGUGCAAGCUCAGCUGCUGGUUCGAGGACAGGGAAGUGGCCAAUGGGGAGACACUCGCCCCUGCUGAUAAUCCCUGCAGGCAGUGCACCUGCAAGGAUGGGGUCAUCUCUUGUAGAGAUCCUAUUUGCGACUGCAGUUUACAAACCAGUAGGAGGGACAAGUGCUGUCCACAGUGUGAUCCUGCUGCCUCUUGCAGGCAUCAGGAGCUUCAUCAUCUUAUUUUUAGGAGCGGGGAGAGAUGGAUUUAUCAGUGUCAAACAUGCGAGUGCCUGUAUGGAGAAAUAGACUGUUGGCAAAUGGAAUGUCCCCCAGUAAGCUGUACAAACCCAGUAACCGAGGAUGGCGAUUGUUGUCCACGCUGUGAGGAUGAUCCCUGUGCACGGGAAAUUCACACAAACAUUACCACUAUCGCAGUGUCAAGUCAUCCACGACCCUGCAGUUACGCCGGUAUAAUUCACGACAGCGGCAGUUCUUGGCAGGACCCGCAUGACAAAUGCACAACGUGCGAGUGCAAGGUGCCGUACUGCGCCCAAUUGGACGGUCAAUUAUGCUGCAGCUACGAUUAUGGCUGUGCUGGUGAUUUGGGGAAUGGGACUUCCUCAAUCCCUCCUAGAAAGUCUGAUACUACCUCUGUGUUACAUAGCACAGACCCUCCGAGCACGCAUUUCGGUACAUCGAAAACAGCAGUAUCAACGAUCGGACCAAACGAUAAUAAUCCAAGACUAUCAACACGAGACAUUAGAGCCAGUGAUAAAGCUCCAAAACCAACGAUUAUCAUCGAUUCAACCAAGACACCAUCAACAUCAUCACCAAAGACAUUCAAAUCAUCCCAGAAAUACAACGACGAGUCAUCUGGAAUUGAUAAAACACGUGGCAUCACCAAAAAUCUCAUUUCAUUUCCAAAGACACAGCCAGUUCGUCGUAAUCUAUUGGCAACAGCAAGGAGUCAACAGAGACGAAGUAAUCUGGUAAUUGAUAAACGCAGCAACCUUAAUGCAGGUAGAUCCGGUUAUAUUGCUGCAACAAGACCCAUUGGUAGGAGCGAUGCCACCUGAAGUGGCGAUCAAAGCUGCUGCGUCCAGACGCUGACGAAUUAACAAAAUAUUAAUAUCGACGAAUUACGAGUUACA